CUUCAUGCAGGCGUAGUCAGAGUGUUCCUGUUACUUGUAGCUGUUGUCUAUCAAGGGUACAUACCUCAGACUGACUGCCCAUCUUCUCAGUUCACCUGCCAUAAUUUAUAAAGAGAGCACUUCCAUUUAGCACAUAAGCAAGUAGGACGCGAUGGAGCGUGUGAUCGGUCUUGUGAACAAACUCCAGCAGAUUUGCACAUCGCUUGGAGACAACGCGCUCAGUCCUCAAAGCAUCUUAUGGAACAAACUUCCAACCAUCGUUGUUGUUGGAGGCCAGAGUUCGGGCAAGUCCUCGGUGUUGGAGGCUGUAGUUGGCAGGGACUUCCUACCUCGUGGAACGGGUAUUGUGACGAGGCGGCCGUUGGUGCUCCAGCUAGUUAAGACGGAAGACCCGAACGCCCAGGACUAUGGGGAGUUCUCGCACGCCCCGGGGCGCAAGAUCUUCAACUUUGAGGACAUUCGGAAGGAGAUUGAGGAGGAGACGGAGCGGCACCUGCAGCGUGUGGGUGGCAACAGGGUGGUGUCACCCGAUCCCAUCUACCUGACCGUCUACUCCAACAACGUGCCUAACCUUACGCUGGUGGAUAUGCCAGGCCUUACAAAGGUUCCCAUCGACGGCCAGCCGCCCAGCAUCGUGCAGGAGCUCGAUGACAUGGCCCGCCAGUACGUCAAGUCCGACAACGCCAUCAUCCUGGCUGUCACGCCCGCCAACGCCGAUCUGGCAACCUCGGAUGCGCUGCGCAUGGCUCGCGACGUGGACCCCAGCGGCGACCGUACCCUUGGUGUGCUGACGAAGGUGGAUAUCAUGGACCGCGGUACGGACUGCCGCGACGUGCUGCUGGGGAAGACGCUGCGGCUCAAGCACGGCUGGGUGGCCGUGGUCAACCGCGGCCAGGCGGACAUCAACAGCAGGGUGAGCAUGAAGGACGCCCGCGCCCGCGAGCGCGAGUUCUUCCAGUCCAAGUCCGAGUACCAGGACCUGCAGAACACCGGCACCACCUUCCUGGCGGACAAGCUGUCUGCGCACCUCAUCAACGAGAUCAUGAAGAGCCUGCCCUCCAUCCAGUCGUACAUCGAGAGCACCAUUGCCAAGCUGACCAAGGAGCUGCAGGCGCUAGGAGGCGACGUGAGCCACAGCCGCGGUGCGAUGCUCCAUAUGGUGCUGCAGCUGUGCCAGAAGAUGGAGCGCGCCUUCGAGCGGAUUGUGGACGGCGGCAAGGAUGGCGGUGAGAAGAUCCUGGACGUGUUCGAGAUCAAGCUGAAGGAGGCCAUCAACAAGCUGCCCUUCCAGAAGAUCCUCACCCUCAAGAACGUGCAGAUGGUGGUCAACGAGGCGGACGGCUACCAGCCGCACAUCAUUGCGCCCGAGAACGGCUACCGCCGCCUCAUCGAGGACGGGCUAUCGCUGCUGCGUGACCCCGCCUUCAACGCUGUGGAGAUGGUACACCAAAUCCUCAAAGCCAUCGUGACGCUUGCGGUCAACACGCCGGAGUGCCGCGACCUGGCGCGCUUCUUUAACCUUAAAUCAGAAGUCAUCAACCACGCAGCAAGCACCCUGGAGCGGCUCCGCAAGGAGGCCGAUGCCAUGGUGCGCACGCUGGUGGACAUGGAGGCGUCCUACCUGUCGGCCAGCUUCUUCCGCGAGAUCGUGGCGGCAGAGGCAUACUCGUACGACCCGUCGCGCCCGCGGCCCGCCUUCUACACGCUGAACGGGGAAAACCUCUUCGAGAAGCGGUACGACAACCUGCCGCCGGCGGAUGCGCACCUGCAGAAGAUCAGCGACCACGUGUCCGCCUACCUGGCCAUCGUCAAGGGGCAGCUGCUGGCGACGGUGCCGAAGGCCAUCGUACACUGCAUGGUUGUGCCGGCCAAGGGCGGGCUGCUGCUGGACCUGCAAGAGGAUGUUGCCGGAAAGGAGGAGCCGCAACUCCGCCGGUUGAUAAACGAGAGCGAGGAGAUCGCGGAGCAGCGCGAGAGCAUCAAGAAGCGGCUCACACUCCUGCAGCGGGCAUCCAAGGAGAUUGCGGCCUUCAUGUAGACUCGCAGUCGUUUGGUUCGUCGCGACGCAUUGUGUACUUAUAGCUUAGAACGUUAGGAAGCGGGUUGCUAUCGGGGCAACGGGUGGAGAAGUGGCGAGGUCCGUGGUUUAAUAGCUUCGCGCUUUGUGAGGUAUGUCAUGGUAGAUAGAACUAAUUGUGUACAGGUCUCUGCGCAUAUUGCCUUAUAGCGGUAAUAGUGAGGCGGGUUAGUUAGGUACUGCAGGUUGCAGACGAUGCUUGCGUCGGCGUCUGCGUCAUGGACGUAAUGUCCAAUUUUCUUUAGCCUUGGACUUUUCUGUCGACGCGCAGCUUUCCCGACGAGUAUUCAUGGCUGGGUGCAACUUUCACACGAGCCCAAACCUUAUUCUUGGUCUGUGUAAAUUCACUUAGGACAGCCUAUGGUAGUAUAACUUAUAACUAGGCGCAAGAAAGUUUCCUAAGGGACACACAUCAUGCAUAAAGUACUUCCUUACAGUUGACGCCUGAUGAACCCCAUGCUGAGCUUCGUACCAACCCUACGGGCAGGGCUCUUACCCCGGGCACUCGCCUCCGAGCGUUCACUUCUGUUAAUAGAUUGUCUUAAGCAAAGUGGUACGCCAGUUUCCGCCGAGCCCGGUGCCGGUGGCUUUGACGGAAAUUGCUGUAUGAGUCGUGGCCUUCAUCUUUUGGUUAGCGUGCUUCCAAAGAUGUCGAAUCGCCCACUCCUGCAAUCAAAGGCUCAGAGCCUAGGGCGUUGCUGUGCACCUCGCAUUGCAAGGACCCGGCUGCAUACUGUUGCUUCCGCCGCUGCUGUCACUGGGGAGCGCCGGGCGAAGGCCAACAUCGACUGGGAUACCCUUGGCUUCGGACUUAAGGAUGUUGCUGCGACGAUGUACGUGUCGGAGUGGACAGCGGAGAAAGGCUGGGAUCAGGGCAAGCUGGUGCCGUACGGACCCCUCUCCGUGAUGCCCAGCGCCCAGGUCCUCAACUACGGGCAGGGCAUCUUUGAGGGCAUGAAGGCGCAGGAGAGCGCCAAGGGGCGUGUUGUGGUCUUCCGGCCCGAUCAGAACGCGGCCCGCUUCAAGGCGGGAGCUGCGCGCAUGAGCAUGCCGGCUGUGCCCGAGGAGCAGUACGUGGAGGCGGUGAAGGCCACGGUGGCGGCCAACCUAGAUUACGUGCCUCCCAUGGGCAAGGGCUCGCUCUACAUGCGCCCGCUGCUGCUAGGCACCGGCCCCAUUCUAGGUCUGGGCCCGGCGCCCAGCUACACCUUUGCCAUCUUCGCCGCCGCUGUGGGCGCUUACUUUAAGGGCGGCCAGCUGACGCCCAUCGACCUGAUUGUGGAGGAGCGCUUCCACCGCGCUGCGCCGGGCGGCAUGGGCGGCACCAAGGCGGCGGGCAACUACUCCCCGGUGCUGGUGACCCAACUGGAGGCCAAGAAGAACGGCUUCUCUGACGUGGUGUACCUGGAUGCCAAGACGGAUACCUACCUCGAGGAGGUCUCCUCCUGCAACAUCUUUGUGGUCAAGGGCAAGACGAUACGCACACCGCCGCUGCAGGGCACUAUCCUGCCGGGUGUGACGCGGCGCUCCAUCAUCGAGCUGGCUCGCAGCCGGGGCUACGACGUGCAUGAGGAGCCCGUGUCGGUGCAUGAGGCCAUGGAGGCGGAUGAGAUCUUCACGACCGGUACGGCAGUGGUGGUGUCCUCCGUGGGCAGCAUGACGUACCGGGGCACCCGCAAGCAGUACACGGAGCCGGGCCAGGCGGGCAAGGUGGCGCUGGAGAUGUACCAGAACCUCACGGACAUCCAGACGGAGCGCGCGGAGGACACAUUCGGCUGGGUGGUGCCGAUCAACUAGAUAGAGGCGGCAGGGGUGUGCGGCAGGGGGUGAGAGAUUGGGCGAUGUAGGGAGGCGUGGAACGGGACAUGGUACUGAAUGCUGGGACGCUAGAGUUGAGGGGGGGGGUGUUGUGCCGCUGUGGUAAUACCGGGGCGGUGUGAUGCACAUUAUGUGGCAGCUGCGGUGAGCAGUGUGCCGCAGUGGUGGCUCCGGGUGUGUGUGUGGUUGGGGGCCGGGCAUAUGGCUAUGCGGCUGGUGCAGCUGGUAACGAGGAUACCGAGUUCCCUUCAUGACGUCAUGCGGCUUGGUCCUUGGUGAGUAUCUUACUCUGUUGACGCUUUGGGCUACUUGGGCCCGGGGCAGUGGUGGGGAAAGCGUAGGCCUGCUUUUAGCCAUCGGAUUUGGCGAGUGGCGGUGAUGGCGAGUUUUGUCGGCUAUUGCCGUGAGGGUAGUGAAGUGCUGCUCACCGCAACCAUGAGCGCAACCAUGCGCGGGGUUAUGUGCCGACGCUGCAGUGUAUCUCCUCCUAAGUGGCUAUUGUGUGGCUUCUGCCACGGCUGCCCAGCAUGCGGACCCGUGCCGGGCAGUUCUGCAUGGCAGUGCGCGCAGAGGUGACUUUUGGACGCUUGGUAUUGAUGCACAAACUGAAAAGGGUCCACGUUUAGGGUGAGGGCUUACGAUGCCGACAGGAGGGGUUGAAGCAGCUGCGCCGGGGUGAGGGCUUAUCCCGCUUGCUGGCCGUGCGGGGGUAGCGGUUGGUAUCGGCGUUUGAGAUGAUGUGUGGGGGUCCUAAGACUUUGCAUAGGGACGGUGUCUUCCUAAAUGUAGAUUAACCAAGUUGUGAUGUGCAUGAUACAGAAGCCAGGUCAACAUGCACUGUACGGAAGG